AUGGAUGUUCAAAAACGGAAAAGGAAUUAUUACUAUAAUAAUAAUAAAAAAAAACAUAAGCAAUUUAAUUUGGAACCGGGUAUGAGAGGUUUCUUAUGUACAUGCAAUUAUCGUGAGAAAGAUUGUGUACGCGAUGCGUAUAAAUUACUGAAUGAAUUUGCCGAUGAAAUUUACGGAUCAAAUACUAAAAAGGAUUUUAAUGAUGAUAAUACUGAACAAUCUAUGAUAAAAAAACAUGAAACAGAUCAAAGUGACGAAGAAGAUGACAUAUCAACUGCUUUAAACAAAGAAAUUAAUGAAUUGAAAACAGAAUAUGCUAAACCAGUGGAUUCUAGAAGAUUUCAGGUAGUUGAUACUGGUGUAAAAAAUGUAAUUUUUAUAAGAAGCUCUAUAAUUCAUCCAUUAGAAUUAGUUACUAAAAUUAUUACGGAAUUAGAUAGAACAAAACAACAACGUACUAGAUUUUUAUUAAGAUUGCUUCCAAUUGAAGUUGUAUGUAAAGCUUACAUGAAUGAUAUAAAGUUGAAAGCAGACACAAUGCUUGAAAAAUAUUUUGCACAAGAACCAAAAACAUUCAGUAUUGUGUUUAAGUAA